UUCGUAUCGAGUUUGUCCGUUGUAGUCAGAUAGAGGUAAAGAGCAUCAAAAAGAAAUUAAAUUGUUAUUAAAAUUUAAUGUCUCACGUGGAUUGGAAGCGAAACUUUUUGUGUGUUACUCUUAACUGAAUUUUCGUGUAGAUUUUAAUUAGUGAGGAAAAAAUAGUUGGACAAAAAUACACGAAAAUAAUAUAAAGUGGAUUCGAAACUGGAAAUUUUGUGAACAUUUUUAAAAUUCCGUUGAAUGGUGAGAAUAUUCGUAUUGCGCAUCAAACCAUCAAAAUUGUACAGUGCAAUUUGAAACCAUUAAAAUUGAGAAAAGGAUUUAAUUGAAGUUAUUUUAUGGAAAUAAAAAGCAAUUUCCAUAAAUAGGGAAAUUUCCAUAAAUAGGGGUAAAUGUGAGGGAAAAAAACGAUUCGGCGACCUUUGAAGAAAAAAAACAAAAUCCAAGGAUUAAAAUUUAGUGCCUCGAUAUGUGUUUUUGUUGAACAUGAACGAGAGAAAAAAAAGUGCACCAGAAACAACUUUGAGAUAACAAUAAUAAAUGUUGACGUGGAGAAUAACGUGCAUAAACAAAUAGGAAUUUAUAGUGAAAUAAGGCAAUAACAAAAACAAAUAACGUGUUAAAAGGAGAGAUUGGACCAACAGAGCACAAAAAAAUUCAUUCGUUCCAACAAAUUGGAAAAAUUCCAAAGCGAUUUAUAGUUCGUGUGGAAAAAAAGCGAAAUUUCGGAAUAUUCGAAUGUGUUCGUUCAAAAAUUCUGAGAACCGAAAACAGUUUUGGUUCAAAAGCGACGAGAAAAAAAAAUCGAUCGAUUAAAAAUCUGCGAAUGCGAAAGAACGGCAAACGCGCGUGAUAUUGAUAACAUUAUUUUCAAUUUUCAAUCGACGGUUGUUGUUUUUUGUGAAUCGACGUAGUUCUGCAAUUGAAUGUGGAUUAAAAUAAAGGAGAAAUUCAUCGAACACAAAAAGUGAAAAAAAAGAAAAACUUCCGAUAUUCAUUGCAAUCGAAUGGAUAAUAUUUUUUUUGGGAUUAAUUGCUUUCACCAAUCAAGUCGAUCGGGUUGUUUUUGAAUUAUGCUAUUCUUUAUGGAAAUUAGAUGAAAAUGAUUCUACUAAACGAUUCAUCGCUUGUGCUGGGUAUUUUGUUGUGUGUUUUUUCCACAGUUGCGUCACAGGAGCGACACACAAGAGAACACCAGCAUCAGCAUCAGCAUCAUAGACAUCACAAUAUACAAAGGCAACAGCUGAACCUGAUUAAACUAGAAAAUGUGCAUAGUAAUAAAACAUUUGGCGGCCACGCUUGGCUUUCACACCCAGAUACCGCUGAAAAUGAGCUAGAAAAACGUGGCAAAAAUGGAUGGAGCGCAUGGACAAACUGGUCGACGUGUUCGAGAAGUUGUGACGGCGGUAUUGCACAACAAAUACGACGCUGUCACUCAGCCCAUUGUCGUGGUGAACCGAUCCGCUACAGAAUCUGUAAUAUGCAGCCAUGCCCCGAAGCACAGGAUUUUCGAGCUCAUCAGUGUGCUGCUUUUGAUGAUAUUCCCUACGAUGGAAGUCUAUUCAGAUGGACACCACACUAUGAUUAUUCUGAGCCGUGUGCUUUAACAUGCAGAGGUAAACCAGUGCAUUUAGCAACCAAUGAGGACAGAGAUUCGGACGCUGCAACUGGAACAGCAACCGGCGACGAAGAGCCAAGUGUUAUCGUUCAAUUGAGCAAUCGAGUUCAAGAUGGUACCAGGUGCAGAAUCGGCAGUUUAGAUAUGUGCAUUCAAGGAAAAUGCCAGCGUGUCGGAUGCGAUUUGCGGAUCGGUUCGUCGAAAAAAGUGGAUGCAUGUGGAGUGUGCGGUGGUAAUGGAUCGACAUGCUCACAACCAAUGUAUCAGUGGGACAUGGCUCCAAUGUCUCUAUGUUCGGUUACUUGUGGUGGAGGGUACAAAAUGUCGCGACCGUUGUGUAGAAACCGGAUGACAGGUCAAGAAGUUGAAGAAUCUCUGUGUAAUGCCGUUAUGCGACCGGAGCCAGCCGUUGUACAGUGCAACACGCACAGUUGUCCACCAAAGUGGAUAACAGACGAAUGGAGUUCGUGCAGCAAAACUUGUGGUCGUGGGACGAGGCAACGAACCGUUGUAUGCAUCGAAGAAAGCAAUAGCCUCAAAAACAAAUUACCAGAUGAUGCUUGUCGUGACACAGCCAAACCACCGACGUUUGAACCGUGCAAUGUGCAAGAUUGCCCCAAGUGGAUUACGCGUGAAUGGUCUGGCUGUUCCGUUUCCUGUGGAACGGGCAUUCAGGUCAGGAAAAUCGAUUGCGUAUUACCGGCUUUGGCAAAUGGCUCGCAUACCGGUUAUAUUCACAGUCAGAAUGUUGAUGGUAACAAUAACGAUGAAAAAACUGACCACAUCGAAUCAUUAUCGGAUGCACCAAGCAAUCGGCUCAUUGACGAAUCAAUGCAAAUACUUUCAAAUGAACAGAUUGACUGUGAUCCGAAAUUAAAACCAAUCGCAACGCAAUCAUGCACCACUGGAAUCGAAUGCACAACGAUAAUUAACGAUAAUAUCGGCAGCAGUAGCCAUGAAGAAGUGGAUAGAAUUACGGAUGCAUCGACUGAAAAUGAGAGCGAAAACGACAAUGAACACGAUGACGAGGACGGGAAAGAGAACGAAAAUGAGAAUGACAGCACUGCAACUGACAACGACGGUGAAAAUACAAAUUCGGAAACUGAUAAUGUCGAAAGUUCGGAGGAUGUCAUUGUUGACCAGAUGGCAUACGAAACCAGUAUUGAAAGUAUAAACGAAAAUGUCAAAGAUAAUACCGGUAGUAAUACGGAAAAUGCUAGCUCUGAAAGUGAUGCUGGAGCCGAAAGUGAAGAAAUAAACGAGUCUGAGGCUGACUAUAAGAAUGGAUCCAAUGAGCAAGCCAUGGCCGAUGGAGAAGAUCGACAAUACUAUCGUUCAUCGUAUUUAACCAGAUCACAAUUGCAUCACGAAGAACCAGCCCCGAUAGCCGAACGAUUUACCGAUAAACGUUCGAAGAAUGUACAACAAAUGCCAAGCGAAGCGACAUUCAUCAAAGAUACGCACUGGUCGCCGUGCAGUGUGACGUGUGGUGAAGGAAUCCGUACGAAGCAGUAUCGAUGUAAAAUUUUCUUAGAAUUGUCGCAAACUUUGGCCACCCUACACAAUGAUUCGUUUUGCUUAGGACCAAAACCUCCACCGCAAGUCGAACGCUGUGUUAUGGAACCAUGUUCUAUGGCUUAUGGGUAUGAAGAUAAUUAUCCAAGAGACUCGAUCAAGGUUGGCGUUUCAGAGCCCGGUAAAACUUAUAUUUGGAAAGAACAGGGAUAUACGAGCUGCAGUGCUUCUUGUUUGGGCGGUGUAGAAGAACUGAUAAUAAACUGUGUGCGUGAAGAUACAGGCAAAGUAGUUUCACCGUUUCUAUGUUCACCAGAAACGAAACCAGAAGCUCGGAUUCGAACCUGCAAUGAUCGCCCGUGUCCACCAAGAUGGAAUUAUUCUGAUUUUUCGCCGUGCUCAAAGUCGUGCGGUAUUGGCAUCAGAGAACGUGGGGUGCAAUGUAUUCACGAAGUAACGCGAGGAGGCGAAAACACUAUGGUUGUGCCUGAUUCGAUGUGUCCACAACCACCGCCAGCGCAGCGACAGUAUUGUAAUAUAUUGGAUUGCCCGGUUCGUUGGGAAGUUUCCGGCUGGUCUAAAUGCUCAAAACCAUGUGGUGGAGGUAUUAAGGAGAGAAAGGUUGAAUGUAAGCAAAUCAUGGCCCAAGAGCACAAGGUCGAACGUCGUGAUGAUCUAUGUCCCAGCAUGAAACCAGCGAGCCAGAAGCCAUGUAACACCAAACCUUGCGCACCCGAAGAUGAACAUCCAUCUAUAGCAGCCAGCAACACAACAUACAUUCAACAUGAUCCAAAGAAAACUAAAGUUACACUCAAAAUUGGCGGUGCGGCCACCGUAUUUCUUGGCACACAGAUUAAAAUCAAGUGUCCUGUCAAAAGUCGGUUUAAUCGUACGAAAAUUCGAUGGAGUAAAAACUCGAAAUUUCUUACAAAGACUCGGAAUGUCAAGCUAUCAAAGAAGGGUGCACUUAGAAUUUUAGAUGUUACAUAUCGUGAUUCUGGUGUGUAUGCAUGCCAUGCUGGUUUGAGCAUGUCUGAACUACGACUAAAAGUCAAACCGAAACCGGGAGAUCGUGAAGCAACGCCAGUCGACUAUGAAAGCAUCGAAGAAGAAGAAGAAGAAGAAAACAUUAUCGAUGUUGAAGAUGAAGACAGAACAGUUGCAUAUCAAGUGCCAGCGAAAAACAUCAACGGCAGUCGACUUAAUCAAUUGAACAAAGACCAAAACCACCAAAAGGAUUUCAACAAUAUACGUCAUGCGGACAAAAAACCAACCCAAAACGAAGAAUUGAAUGAUGACAGUCCACUGUCAGCAGCCAGUAGCUCUGGAACGAGGACGGUCCCAAUGCCACAUUUUCAACAUUUGUUGGCUAGUCUACAGUUUUUGUGGCCAUUUCAGAGUUUUUCAAAUUCGAAGGGAAGAAAUGUCCUAAUGGAACAUGGCAUGAAAGGAGUGGAUUUUGAUGCGGUGGAAAAUGAUGAUCCAAUUGGUGGUUUCAAUCAAUUGCAAUUUGAGCAAGAUGCAGAAAAUGUGACGGUACUGGGAAAUGGUCUAAGAGAUAGCGUUAAAUUUGAAUGGAUGGUAGCGCCAUGGUCUGAAUGUUCACAAACUUGUGGACCAGAAGUUGGAUACAAGUUCCGACGUACUGAAUGUUUGGUUCGCUUACAUAAUACAACUCAGAAUGUAGAUAGUGUAUUGUGUAAGGAUGCCGGUUUAUCGGAACCAGAAACAUUUGAAAAAUGCGGUGGUGAAGAAUGUGCACAAUGGAUACAAGGUGAAUGGACACUUUGCCUUCAGUCGCGUUGCCAUCGACGAAAUAAAGCCAUACAGGAUCGAAAUGUGCAGUGCUUGUUUCCAAAUAAUACCGAAAGCGACUCAUGUGAUCCAUCCGAAAAGCCAAUCACUCGACAAGAAUGCGACAAUCAACGUUGUAUGCCUACAUGGCGUGUUGUGGGCGAUUGGACUGAUUGUAAGGCUCCAUGCGGUGGCCAGGGUACUAAAUAUCGGUCGGUGAGAUGUAUUUGGUAUGGAACAAAUCGACGUGCCAAUAAUGCUUGCCGGGAUGCUAAUAUUGUAAGGCCGGCUAUGAAAAAAGAAUGCAAGGGAUCUCCAUGUGCUGAAAAUCUAAUUUCAACGGAAACAUCUUCUGACGAUCAUUUAAAAUAUUCGCUGAUAUGGUUAAUCAGUUUGCAACUGUGCUUACGACUAAUUAAUUUCGCAAUGAAUCGAUUAUCAUGUUGAUUAAGUUUUUGUUCACGUCCAUUAACAAAAUAAAUUUUAUAAAAAAAUGGUUAUUUUCGACUGGCCGAUCAACACUGCUGCGAAAAAGGUAAGAUAUCCUAAGCACCGACUAAACUCGUGCGAAAGCGGCUGAGAGGCACAGUAUAAAUUUAUCUAAGCAAAAUCAAUGAUCAUAUCCAAUGUUUUUAAGUAAAACCCUCAUUUAUUAAGUCUAUUACAAGAAUUUUUGAAUUAGUUUUUUGUCUCAAAAUUUAUUCAAUGCAAUGCUGUAUUUAAAAGUAUCGUAAAUGAUCUCAGGAUUAUUGAGUAAUCAUUACUUUCAAAUUGAAUUUCUGUAAAUAUUUUCACGUUAGUCUUAAAAAAGAUUUUUUUAUAUUUGCGCGAGAUCGAUUGAAAAUUUCAGAUUGACGGGAUUUUAUUAAAUUGUUAGGUUAUAUUUUUCAAUUUGAUGAUGAGAGAAGCAAAUUAUAAGCUUUGGUAUACACGUAUCUUCUUCUAACGGUGAAAAAUAAACAAAUAGUCUAAAUUGUAGCUGAAUAAAAUUAGACGUUGGCUUUGAUGACAUCCAGCAGGGAAUGUUUUUUUUCUGAAAUCACAAUUCCACGAGUCAUGACUGCAUUUGCUCUUAUCCCGCACCUAAUACACCCAGUCACGUUGAUCCCAAAGUUUUUGGUUGCUAUAUUUCAUACGCAGAUUUGCUUGGUCAGCAUCCCUUUAUGGAGCUGAGAAACAAAUUAAUGAACGAGUGUUAAAAAGCAAUGUGUCCAAAGUGUAUAUUUUUAGUAUCGCAUAAGGCAGAUAUAGUGAUAGCAUUGUGCGGAAUUCGCUUGCGCGCAUUUCUCAUUGACCGCCGCAUUAUGUCGUACUGAAUUAGCGUCCUACAUGAAAUGAAACGCAAGACAGCGUUGCAAAUAUUCUGUUGUGUUGUUUUUCCCUGUGUGUGCGACGGGAUGCUGAAAUAUCGAAUAACAAAUGUAAAUAUUUUGAAAUAGUUCACACUAGGAAAUAUCUGUAAAAAUCUGCACGAUGAUACCAAUCAAACUUGGAUUCAUAUAACAAAUCGUGUAAAAACGAUGAAAUAUCGUGUAAUAUCAAAUAAUUCAAUGAAAUUGGCCAAUAAUAUUACCCGAUAUACGCAUCUGUCAAACUCAAGAAAGAAUCCAAGUAAAUCCAACGAAAUUGUUACUUAGACGCUUACCAAGUAGUAUUUAAAUUUAAAUAAGUUUAAGGCGUCAAGUAAGCGCCAAAACAACUUGAAGUAGCCAAAUGUCAAGUCAAAUUCACUUCAAGGCUUUUUUCUACUUCAAGUAGUGUUGGCGAUCACUUGGCGCUGCAAACUUCUAUAUGAAUACGAAUGCUUUGUAGGAGCCAAGAAAGCAAUUUAGUCAACUUGGAUUUUUCCUUGAGAAUGUUUGCGUCAACUUUGAAACAUUAAAAAUUACACGAUAUUUUAACGUUUUACACGAUUUGUCAUAUAAAUCCAAUUUUGAUUGGUAUCAUCGUGUAGAUUCUUACAGAUAUUUUUCUGUGUGUUUUAAAAGAGAUUACGUCCAUUUGCGAUUUACAACUUUCGAACAUAUCUUAAGUACUAGCCCGCACGUAGGUCGUCCGUAUAUUUGCAUGCAAUGCAGAACCAAAACACAGGCUUGUACUCCGUACUUAGUGCGGGCUAAAUGCUAGCAAGUUUGUUGAAAGUUUCCAUUCAUUCACCGUGGCGCUCUCACCCUUUCUCCAAAAAGUGACACUCAAACAUUGUGGCCAAAUUCAUAUACUUAUACCAUAUUUCACCAUGGAGAACGACUAUAGAAUACAAACUCAAGAAGAAAUGGAUUAAAAUUUAUAAAUUAAACAACACACACUAAAACAUUUUUCAGGAGUGGAAGAUUUGAUAAUUUACAUAAUUUUCAUUGCCUUUGCUCAAACAAAUUAAAAUCAAUUUUGGUUUCUGUUAUUACAAGCCGAAUUAAAUGUAAAUACACUCAUAACAACUAAUAUUUGUAGCUGUGUUCACAUCUACAUACACAUACACACUUACACUCAAUGAAUAAUGAAAACUAUAGAUGAAUUCAAUGAAACUACAUAUAAAAUAUCGGUCCCACAUAUACAAAUAAUUAAGUUUAAACAAAUCGAAUAAUGAUAUUUUAUAAGAUCGCUAUUCAGAGGCAGGUAAAAAUUUGUGCUGUUGUAUUAUUGAUACACUGUAUUAAGUGUCACACGUGAGGCUUAAUGAAUAUUGAACAUUUGUGCUAAAUGCAAAUAAUACUAAGAGACCGCAUAGCGAAUGGUGUAACACAAUUUAGACCUGUGUAAUGAUAUCAAUUGGACAGUUCAUUUCUGUAAGCUAGACAUUGUUCCAGCGGAUGACUGCUAUUCAUAAGAAACAAUGUUAAUUUGUUUUGACGUAGAACAUAUAAGGCCCUCUGUGGCUUACUGGCUAGCUAUCUAUAAUACGAACCUAAUAUAAAAUGACGAACACACCGUAUGAGUUUAUUAUAUAGAAACGGGCCUGUUAAAUGAAGGCGGCGUUUCACGCGUAAUUUACUAGCUAUGAGAGUUUUUGCAUUCAUUUUAAACAUGUGUGAAAAACAAUGUGUCCAAAACGCAUAAAUACGGCAUCGCAUAAGGCAGUUAUCGCAUAAAUAUCGCGCGAUAAUUUUCUGCUUUCGUUGCCGCAGUAUACGAUAUUUCAAUAUCCGUCUUACGACGCACGUUCGAAUUGCUUUACACAUAUAACGAAGCGAACGCAAGCAAGCGUCGCAAGAUGACGGCCAUUGAAAUAUCGUAUACUGCGGCAACGCAAGCAGAAAAUUAUCGCGCGAUAUUUAUGCGAUAACUGCCUUAUGCGAUGCCGUAUUCAUGCGUUUUGGACACAUUGGUGAAAAAUCUGCCCUAGUAAAUGGCUAAUAUAAUACAUGUUGUAAAAAAGUGAAUUGGCCGACCAAAUGAAUGUGUGAGCUCAAAAUUGUUACUUAGUUUUGAUUAUUGAAUUUAUUCUGAAGUGUAACAUCUCCACAUAAAAUCCGCACACUUUUAAAUGGAGUUGUUACAUUUGGAAAUAUGUUGAAACUAAGUUUUUCUGUUGUAUUCACACAUUCAAAUGUAAAUAAUGGCUCACGUAAACCAUUUCUCACAUAACGAAUGACAAAUUAAACAAAACUUUAUUUCUAUUUAUAAUUUAUUCUUUGGUGAUUCUAUUUGAUUCAAUUUCUUCAUUUCCGAAACAUCAGAGAUGUGAAAUUAAAAUCUCACGUCCGAACUUUGAAGAAAUUAGUAUGAUUAAUUAAAUAGUGCAAUUUGAGAAGGCUUGAAAAUCGAUAUUACAUAAAAUUUCCCAUAAAAUAAACUAGGAAUAACAGAGAAAUGCAUUUGGUUAUUUUCACCAACCGAUAGACAAAAUUUAGAGAAGUACAAUUUAUUCGCAUUUUGGAAGCUGAUUCGAGUCCUUGGGCCAUUCUACUCUUGUAGAUUUUGUACAUUCGGUUUUCAUUUACGCAAUACAGUUUAAGAAUUGAGUUCCACUUAAGUACGAUUGGUAUUCUCUCUCGAUCCUGUAACACAAAAUAGUUCAUUUAAAAUGAUAAUAAAAAACACUAUCAACAACUCGAAUGGAAUGGAAAUAAAAAAAAAUAUGUUGAGUUUAGGGCAACUAUAACUUAAUGUAAUAAAUUAUAGCAAACAAUUGUAUGAUAAGAUAUUAUCAAAUAUGAAUUAUUGAUAUCGAAAUAAAGCAGAGCCAACAAUGUAAUGUUAUUUAUUUUUAACAAAAUAACUAAGAAA